AUGGGAUUCUUUUUCAGGUUCAGUCCACAACUGAGGAGGAUUAUUACAAUGUCUUACAGACGGACUAAGGAAGAGCUGGAUGCUGAGUUUGAGAAGUUCCUGAAAGAGUCUGUUUCAGAUGACUCGGUGGAUUUAAGCAGCCCUGACAAGCAGCCCAAAACUAGAAGCAGCCAGAAAUCCAGUGAGAAACCGACAGUUUCAUGGUGGCAAGAUGAUGAAAACAGCAGUGGUGAAUCAUCAAAGACACCAGGUGGGAACAAGAGCGCUAUGGGCCUGGACACACUAGAGGAAGAGGAGGAGAAAGCCAGGUUCUUUGCACAGAUAGAGGCAGGAGCUUCAUCAGCUAUAGAUUAUUCCAAAAUGAACAGAGAGCUGGAUUCAAGCCAUUCUACCUUUGCCACUGAGCUCAGGAAAGAGAAUGGGCCAGCAGUGGAGCCUUCUGCUGCAGCAGUACCUGUGGGAGAGUCUUCAGGUAGGAGGGCAGUUCUGACGAACAACCCUGUUAGAGACUCUGGGUUUCCUCAUCACUUUUUUCUCUCAGCCCACUCUGGCUCCCCACAAUACAGUGAAGAUUUUGAAGAUGAGGAUGGCAUAAAAGAGUCGCAAACGAAGAACUCUAAAUUGUCCCCAGCUCUUGUAAGAGGCCAGUUAUAUGCACAGAGUGUAAGGUCAGAGGUGGAGGCUCUUCAGGAAGCAUAUAGACAGAUUCACUCUGUGGAGGACUGCAAUGGUCACUGCUGUCUCCCUCUAGAGGAUGAAGGGAGGACCGACAAGCCAGUCUCUCCACCGUCUCUUCCUCAGCAUGCUCAGCAGUCUCUGCAGCCUUUUUCUACCAACGACUCAGACUUGCCCACAGAAGAGGAGCUGAUGAGGCCCAUACGAGCAGAAGACCACACCAGAGGCUUUACUCUGCAGCCUGUCAGUCAGGAACUGAGGAUGUUCCCACGUGUGACUCCAUCAGAGCUGGACCUGGAGCAGCCUGGACAGAGCCACUCUAGAACCACAGAACCACUCGACCUUGAUCUGACCUCCAGUAUCAGGAAGGAAGUGGGAAGACUGAUGCAGGAACAGAAUAAACAUUUUCCCCAAACUCUCUCACUGGUUGGCAACGCAAAAAAAAAAACAACAUCCAAGGGCUCCUCUGUGAUUCGUUCCUGCAUGCUGUCUGAAAGGAAGCUUCCUCUUGCUCCAUCCAGAGGCAGGUUCGGGGACAGCAAGGCAGCUGGGAAGAUGAGCAAAGCUGCUCCACCCAAAGCCCCCCGCUCAACAAACAAAUCCACAAAAAAACAAGAACAAGAUAGCGGUGGUGCUGCAGCAGAGACAGGUGUGAGGAUAAGCAGUGAGCUGGUGGCGUCCGUUCAGUCCCUGGUGGCUGUCCUCGAGCAGCAGAUGAGCAGUCUCCAUCAUGCUGUGCCUCAGGACUGCAGCUGUACACAAGCCCCUCCUCAGGUCGCAGUAAGACAACAAUUCACCACAGACAGUUCUGUGAUUGAGGCAUUAAGAGCACAGCUGGUCCACAAGGAAAAGGAGUUGCAGAUGAUGAAGGAUGAUGCUGAGGAGGUCAACUCACUGAGACAACAGAACUACCUGCUGCAGAGCAAGCUGCGCAGUGCAGAGGAAGCCAGUCAGAGGGGAUGGCUGGAGGCUGCAAAUCCUGGCGCUGAGGACAAAAUCCAGCUAAUAGAGAAAGAAAUGAAGGAGCAGGAGAUGCUCAUCAAAGGUUACCAGCAGGAAAAUGAGAAGCUGUAUGUAGAGAUGAAGGCUGAGCACAGCAGGAGUAAAGCCAAUCAGGACGCCAUGUUUAAUGAGAACCAGGAGCUGCUCAGCCAGCUGGCUGUCACCAGGGAGCAGCUGAGAAGAAGCUCCAGGCCUGUGAGCAACGUGUGUGCAAUGGAUCACACUAAACGCAUCUCUGACUUGUUGGCUCAAAUCAACAUCCACCAGCAGAACGAGGCCAGACUAUGUGAGGAGAACAGCAGGCUGGAGCAGGAGAAGCAGUCCCUGCAGGUGGAGCUGCAGCUGAUAAAACAGGAGCAGCAGUUGGCCAAAGCGCAGGCCUUCUCCAUCUCAGGGGGAGAUGAGAUGUCUGAGCUGCAGAGCCUGCAGCAGCAGCACAGGGAGGAGGUGGCAGCUUUCAAGAGUAAGCUGCAGUGGUUUGCAGAGAACCAGGAGCUGCUGGACAGAGAUGCUGGCCGGCUAAAAGCAGCAACAGCUGAGAUAGUCCAACUCAAAGAACAGGUGGAAAACCUGAAGAGGGAAGUAGGCAAAAGAAGCAGCGAUGUGCAGAGAAAGGCCAGAGACAGACCUGCAGACACAAAGAAAAUGCAGGAUCUGCAGCGGCAGGUGAAGGAAUUGGAGCAGAUCCUGAGAAGCAGGAACCCAAACUCUCUACCAGCCCUCAUCUAUGCUGCAGCCACGGCCGCUGGCGGGGAGGUCACCUCCAGCGGGACGCACCCUCCCAGCACAGUCAACGUUCUUCUGGAGCGCAGGAUUCAGCAGCUGGAAUCUGAGCUGGAAAGUCACGAUCAAGAGGCCAAGCGAACCCUGAGGGCCAUAGAGCAACAGUUCCACCAGAUUAAGCUGCGCUACGAGCAACAGAUAUGUGAACUGGAGCAGCAGCUGGAACAAAGACAGCCGCCCGCAGCAGCGGCCACGGUGGUGGAGGCAGGGUCAGAUGCAUGGAUAUCUAAAUGUCAGGGUCUGGAAAAGGAGCUGCGGCAUAUAAAGGACAGACACCAGCAGAAAGACAAACAUCUGCAGGACCAGAUAGAGUCUCUGCAGCAGCAGCUCAAACACAAGGCACAGCCGAGUCCAGGGCGACACCAGCGCCAAGCUGAGGUGGCGUUAGGAGGCCGGAUCAAGUGGCUGAACCAGGAGCUGGCCACUAAGAGACGCACCAUUCAGGAGCUGAGCCGGAUGGUAGAGAGGCUGCAGAGGGAGCCCAGGAGCAUGCCGUCUAUGCCCUGCCAGCGAUCAGAGAGCCAUUCAGCAGAGAGCAGAGCUCAGGAAUCUGCUGCUGCAGCAGAUGGCAGCACACAGGCAGGAAGGUUUCCUGGAGCUCAGUAUGAGAAGACCUACCAGCCGUCUGUGUUCACAGGAAGCCAUGUCUCUGAGCUGCAGCAAGAGAACGAGGCUCUGAGUCGGCGUGUGGAACUGUUCCAGCUGCAGAGUGAGCAGAAGAAGGAGGAACUGAAGGCCAACGCUGUUCAGGCAAAGGAGGAGCUGUUCAGGCUGAAAGAAGAAUUUGCAGAGCAGCUCUCCUGUGUGAAGGCUGAACACCUCAGGGUGCUGAAGCAUCUGCAAGCCACCCAUGCCCUGGAGCACUCAUCCUCCAAGGUUUCAGAACUGAGCAAUAAGCUCAACAACCAGGAGAUAGCAAUGAAACGCCUGCAGCAGCAGCUGAAGGAGCUGCAGGAAUGUAAAGAGGCUCUCUCCAUCUCCAGGCGCAGAGAAGAAGCUCUGCAGAAGCAGUUAACCAAACUGCUGCAGGAGCUGAAGGAAGCUAAAGAAGCUCAGAGCUCUGAGGUGAAACUUCUGAGCAGUCUGGAGAGGAAGAUCAUUAGCAUGGAGCUCAGACAUGAGCAUAGAAAGAAGGAGCUGCGGCAGGUUAUUGCCGAAACGUUUCAGAUGUCAACAGAAGACCUGCAGUCAGAAGUGGAGCGGUGGCGGCGCCUGGCUCAGGACAAGAGCAGCGAGCUGGACACUUUCCGCUCAGAGCUGGACUCCAUACUGGACAUCCUGAGACAUCUGCAGAAACACGGAGCGGUCCUCCCCGCUCUCAAACCUGGGCGUACAGCCUGUCUCCUAUAGAGUACCAUGGAAUCUGUUAGCAUGGAAAUUUCACCCUGCAGAGUUUGCACUGUAAUGUUAGCCAGCACAUAGACGACACUGUCCUGUUCUCAGAUCAGUGCUUCUAACAGACAGGCAUUUUCAGAUUUUUGCAUCUAAUUUAUUAUUAAAAAAAAAAAUUUAAUAUAUAGUGUGCAUGCACUAACGUGUAUGCACCCUGUUGCGGUUACUCCUCUCAUUGUUUUCUUUUUAAAAUAUUUUAAAUCAUUUUUCAAUUAUUUUAUUUUACCACUUUAAUUAUUUUAAUUAGUCUGUUUAUUGGUGAAUUAUCACCCAACGUAAAGUUUUUUUUUCUGUGCUGAAAAUUGUUGAAUACCAUGUCUUCAGUACAAUUAGACAUAAGUGCUUAAUAUGUAAAAGAUCUAAAUUAAACUUCAUAACACUCCGGUGAAGUAUCAGUUUCUUAAAUCCCCAUUUUCUGCUUCUUUUGCUGAAAUAAAGCAGUUUUUUUCACACUUUACUGUGAAGCUCAAACACAACACAAUGAUUAAACAUGUUCUAGUCUAAAAUCUUUGUUCAGUAUUCUGAGGUGUUAGAAGAAAAUUUACAUAAUCGCUCCAUUUUUCUCUUCUGUCACUGAGAUAAAGCUACUUUUCCUACCUUUGCGCUAACUGCACUGAGGCAGACCGCGAUUGUUCUGCUUAGAGGCGGCCUAGUGGAAAAGUGCCUUUAGAGAUGCUUCAUGACCCUGAAAAUUUCUCUAUGGAAACUGAAGAAAUGGUGACAAGUGAUGGGCAGAUGAGGCCUCACUUGGUGUGUGGCACAUUUCCCAAACUCUGUCGACACUGUGCUGAGACUGUGUUGCUUUGUCACUUACAGUAUCAUCUGCUGGAUUUAGAAAGUCAUUGCAGGCAAAUUCAAUAAAGACUGGAGUGUUAAGUGGUUCAUGCCCCUCAUGCCGGGCACAAUGAUGCCUCAGCAUUGUGGAAGAGCUCCGGUUACAGUACGAAACAAAACCUGGGAACAAAUCCAACAUUUUUCACCUUCGAUAUAAAUAAAAUAUCCCAUGGAAAGGAAUUUGAAUAAUUCAAAAGAAAACUUAUCAAAAGUGGAAAUGAGGAUGGAAUAAUUAUUUUCUGUGAUAAGAUCAAAAAUGAUCAAACACGGGAGAAAACUUCCUCUUCCUCUGUUGAUUCAUAACACCGGUAUUCAAAUACGAACCAAAAGCCAAUGCAAAGAACACAAAGUAUCUUAACUUCAUGCUUUGGAAGGGUUAUUAAACCAGUCGCUUGAUCCGUCCAUGGCUGUCAUUGAGGCACUUCAUGAUAAGAGUGAUGUUCAGUCACUUUUUCAGUCAUUGAUGUUUCCAAAUUUUUUUAUGUGAUUCCUGCCAUUGAGUAGGA